AUCUGCCGCUAAGACAAGAGCGGUAGUGAGUUAUCACAGAAAUAUGAUACUUUCUUGAUCCAUUUUGGGACCAAAGUGUUGUAGAGAUAGGAGUUGCUAUAGUGUCUUGAAGACUUCUGCUUCAGUGAAAGAAAGCGCGCGUGAGAUCAUCAAAAGCAGACGACAUUUACAGGUGGAGGAAGGAGGAUGUAUUUCGAACGUGCUGCCGCUGCUGCUUCUACCACUGCUGCUGUUGCUGCUGCUGUUACUAUGGCUAUCACGAGAACGAUGUAAAGAACCGUAUUCUUUCUGAACAAAAGGUGGCUGUCAAUAUAAAUGACAAUUAUUUCUGAACCAGUGGACCAUUUGUGAGGGGAAAGAAAAAUGUACCAGUACAGGCGGUCUCACUCCAGAGAUCUGGGUUCUUUAUUAUCCGUGAAUUGAGAAACAACACUCUAGUUGGACGCGUCCAGUAUUUACAACAAAAUGCCUUCGUACGACCGGGGUUACGGAAGUAUGAGCAGCGGUAAAACCUAUGGCACGUCAUAUGACAUGGGUACUGGAAAAGGAAAGAGUUACGGUUCUUCAUACGGCAGUGGCUACGGCGGAUACAAAAGCUCAUCUUACUCAACUCCCAAUCGAAGCUACAGUUACGAGCCACCGGUAUCGCAACUUUCUGUGAUGGACCGAAUGAAAAAAUUCACCACUCCGGACCCCAAAUACAUCUCCCACGGGAGCGAGAACCGCUACCCUUCCAUCGACAGAAGCGUCGGCGGAAGAGACAGGUAUUCCUCACUCGAUCGCUACUCCAACAGGAGCGGCUAUUUGUCCGACUACGGCGGAAGCAACCCGAGGUCCUACGGUUCGUGGGAUCGAUCCUCGGCUAGGAGUUUUGGCGCUGGGAGCAGGGAGGCGUCUCCAGUGAGUACGCGGUCCUCUCGGUACGACUACAGCAGCAGCGCGUCGCCUUAUUCGACCUACGGAUCGUCCUAUAAGAGUGGUUCUGAUGCAUCUCCUGCCCCGAAGAGAUACGAAAGACAGUCUUCGAAAGGGUACGAUUCAUCGACGGUCAAAGCGUCAGACGAUAAACAAUCUCUGUUCGUGCCCAAGAGGAGACCAAGAGAAAAAUCCUUGUCCGAUUCUGACGACAGUGCACCUGAGGCAGAAAAGGAGACUGCGAACGCGAGGUAUUUAAUCUGCAGAGGCACGUCUCCUAUGCCUGAAGGGGACAAACCACAGCGGGAUAAAUCUAAAGAAAGGUCUAUUGCCAAGACCAGGCGAAUCAAAUGCCCUCCAAAGGAGGUGAAGCGAAGCAGCAGAUUCUUGAAGAGUUCCCAGGGACCGUCGUCUGUUGACUGUGCCACACAGACAAAUAUGGAUCAACAGAACACGCGACGUUUGCGUCACUCCACCAGCACUUCGACAGGAGGCGGUGGUGGUGGUGGUGGAUAUGGAGGAAAUUCUGAAACUUUCUACAAAUACAGAGACAAAUAUUUGCCUGGCACGUCCUACACAGGUGCAACUCCUUCAAAAAGCAGCUCGAGGAGUUACAGAGACGAUGUCAAAGAUCCUCCUUCGGAACGAUCGUGGCGUCAAGCCGUCUACGGCGAAGACGCGCCGUCCAAGUCUUCAAGGACCAAAGACAAGGACGCCAAAGUCGAAGACGACGAUCACAGCAGCAGACACAGCAGGCACAGCAGACACAGGGAGCCAAGAACGAGCACUCCGAAUUCUUCUCGUCAUGGCGACGAUAUGGGCAGCGCGGCAGACGACAGACGGUCCCGCCAAGAGAGGAGGUCCCACCACAGUAGAUCCUCGUCUCACGAGGAUAUUCUAGACGACAAACCUCGACGAAAGAGGCACUCUAGUAAGGAACUCCUGGACGAGAAGCCUCCUCUCACGCCUGAAACCCUGUCUCUCAGAGAAAGCAUUGAGAAGGUGAACCAGUGGAAGCAGAACCUUCCGUCACCAACAAGCAGCACGUACGUCAAAGACGCAGUCCCCAGCGACAAAAGACGACACGCUGCUGUGGAGCCCGACAGCGGUGUUACCCGGAGUAACUCGUACGAAUAUGUCCCGGGUCCAGACGGCGGUCGUGCUCCUUAUAACAGACAAGAGUCUAUUCGAUCCAUGCGAGACGAGUCAGAGUCUCAGUAUUCGAGGGAACAGUCUCCGGUUCACCAAAGAAGGACGAAGAAACAUCCUUCAAGGAGUGGAUCAAACGAGAACCUACUUGACCACAUACAGAACAAAAACUUCAGAAAAUCAGAUCUCAAUAAGUCCACCGAGUUUUGUCCUGACCCAGAGAUGUAUGUGGAACAGAGCGACGACAGACUGGGUAACUGUCACAGGCGGGGGGAAUCGUUCCAGAAAAAACGAUCAGGAAGUUCCUCGGACACACAGGGGUUCUCCCGAGACGGCUCUCCGAACAACCGUAACAGAAUGGGCAACAGACAGUCCUCGCUCGACCAGAACCGCAUGAAGAGAGACAGCUCCAGAGAGAGUAUUCUGGACGAUAACAGAAAGUCUCGUCGUGAGAAAUGGGAACACGACGGCGUCCACGCGCACGGGCACGGACACGCCAGCGACAGCGCAGGCUCUCAGUUCGGCUUCAAUCGAGAGGAGUCGCCAAACCGCGGCUACGGCGGCAGGAAGUCUGGACGCUCGAGCCGCCACGGAUCGCGCGAGGACAUGGUGGACGACAGACGACAUCCUCAGCUGGCGCGACAGGCGUCCGUGGAGCAGCAGUAUCUCUCGCCAUACGACAGGAUGAGAUCCAACCAGUUGGCCGUCUCGAACGAAAGCUUGUCCAAAAUGAGCACGGGCUCUGCGUUCGAAGAAGGAGAUUUUCAGCACAUGACGCCAUCCAUGUCGCAGCAUUCUCUAGCGUCAAGUCAAAGCACGCUACCGGACUUAGUUCCUCAGAGUCCCGAAUCGGAAAGAGCCAACUUGGGUAAUAACAAACCUGACGGAAAAGGCAAAGCCUACAAAGGGCAGAAAUCGGGGUACAUCUCCAAGAUUCAAGACAUCGACAGUCUGUUGGAGGCGACUACGAAGCGUCCUAGGAGCAUCGACAUCAUGGACUCCCCGGUUCCAAAGACUCCGCACUACCCGCUCCAACCUUCUCCCGCGUCCCCGUCUCCCUUUGAUGACGACCCUCACGGGAAGCGCAGGCCCAACAGCUACUCGUUUGACACCAAGGACAAAGACUCAGUCCGCGCAAACGCACUCAGGCAGUCCAAGUCUCACGACGACAAACUCAUAGAUCUUGAUGAGGACAGAAUCCAACCAGAGAAAUCGUUCUCCGUCUCCGGGAAGCAGACAAAAGGAAGACCGUCGCAGGCAGCCCAGCAGAUGGCCGCCAUUCUACAGCGGAAGAAGGGUCUAGUUUCGAUCUCCGACUUCCUUACGCUGUGUGAGAAACCGUCGACGCCGCGAAUCAUCAAGGUCCCAGGUUCUGACGAUGACGACGCCAACUUCAAAGGUUACAGCUCGGCCAAUGAGAUGCUAGAACACUUGGGAGUGGACGUUAAAAAGCUUGAGGACUGUGCUCUCCAGAUCUACCGGUAUCACAGCGGAUCUCAGGGCGACUUCGGAACUUACCUCGACACCCAGGCCACCCUCGACGAACAGGCAGAGGAGCUUGAAGGGUUCCAGGACCAACGAAAAAAUACGCUGAUAUUACGAACCCAGUUAACAGUACGAGUCCAUGCUAUCAUAGAAAAACUUUUGACUUCGACUGGCCGAGAACUAAGACGAGCGUUAUUUUCACUGAAGCAGAUCUUCCAGGAUGAUAAGGACCUGGUCCAUGAGUUUGUCAACAAUGACGGUCUGGACUGUCUCAUCAAAGUGGGGUCUGAGUCCGACCAGAACUACCAGAACUAUAUUCUUAGAGCCCUGGGACAGGUGAUGUUGUACGUGGAUGGGAUGGAGGGAGUGAUCCGACACAACGCCACCGUCCAGUGGCUGUACACACUACUCGCUUCGAAGGGUCGCCUGGUGGUGAAGACGGCUCUCAAACUGCUGCUGGUUUUCCUUGAGUACACGGAAACCAACUGCAUGCAGGUCAUCAAGGCAGUGGAAGUGGUCGACAGGAGAAGAGGUGUGAAGCUGUGGACGAACGUGAUGAACAUUCUGGCUGAGAAGGAGGGGUCCGACUCGGAACUACUAGUCUACACCAUGACCAUAAUAAACAAACUGAUCAAUGCAAUCCCGGAUCAGGACACAUUCUAUGAUGUCACGGACGCGCUGGAGGAGCUGGGGAUGGAUGACAUCUCACAGAGACACAUGAACCGGAAAGGAGCUGACCUUGACCUUCUCACUCAGUUCCAGAACUACGAUGCUUGUCUGAAACAUGAAGAUGGCCAGGAAUCAAUGGCAGAUGAUCAAAUGGAACAUAUCAGACAAACUCCUCGAAUGCGAAGUGAAGAUGAGGCUCGUAAGAGUCGCAGAUUCGCGGGUUUACCGCAGAUGGCCAAGUCGAUCAGCACACCAAUUCUUCCUCCCUUUGAAGAAGAGUACAAACACCCAGAACCUAUGCAACAGAAAUCCAAAGAUUCAUUUCGACCGGUUGAGGAUAAUGAAAAACCUCCAGUCUCGAAAGGUCGAAGGUCGCUACCAGCAGAUGUCGCUAGUGCAAAUCAAUGUGUUCCUCGUCUGCGCAUCGAGCGCCAGGAGCGUCGGCAGCGACAGCGCUCUCAGAUCAAGGAGCUCAAGGAGCUGCGGCGCAUGCACAAUGUCCUUGACGGCGACCACAUGUCGGCUAGCGACUCCUCCACCAGUAGUAGUAACUCGUACGUUACCGAACCCCUGUCUUCCGACCACAUGCCGUCCUCUUCGCAAAAUACCCAUACUUUUUACGACUGUCAUGAUGAUAAUCACACUCCGAAAGGAUCUCAUCCGCUCCAUGAAUCAGCCAAAAAUAUUCAGAAUAGCAAGGACGGGUAUGACCAGAAUCAUGCGGCUGUGAACGCACACAAAAACGCUAUCAAUGACUCUAAGAAAAAUGCAGCCGAGGACCAACUAAACACUGAAGGCAUGUCGAGCAACCAGAGGUGGCUCCUGUACAAAAUGAAACACUCUAUACAGAAUGAGCCCGAACCGGAACCAGCCCCGGCCCCGAAUACGACUUCAUCCAGAGAGAGCAUAGCCAACCGCAAGGAAAAGCUAGCCGAGGAUCACAACGCAAACCUGCCCAGUAAGAAAAUACUGCCCGGCGAGCAUGGUAGCGACGGAGUCCAGAGUGUGAAGAACCGCUUUUCUCAGAUCAGCGACGAACUGCCCAUCAAAAUGCAGCAGCCAUCCCAGCCACAGCGGCAUGGCGAUUCGAGUGGUCUGAUCAGUCGCGCUAAGGAAGGACUGUCGCAGAAGUCGACGUCGAGCUGCGUGAAGCCGGAGCCGAUACCGGAGCUGGAAGUGAAGAAGUCGGAGAGUGAGCUGCAGUGGGACAGAAUCCAGCGUCGCAUGAAACGAACACUCAAGAUCAAGGACAUGGACUUCACAGACCUCAAGGACGACGACGACGAGGACAUCUUCACACCCAAGCCCAUAAUGAACGGCGACCUACCCCCACCCCCACCACUCUCUGGCUUCCCUCCCCCACCGCCUCCUCUCGGCGGCGUGCCUCUGCCCCCUCCACCCCCCGGGGACCUGCCACCUCCUCCACCCCCACCUGGAAUGUCUUCCGGUCAGGGUCUGUUUUGCGAGGAUUCCAAUUUGCCACCGCCACUUGGAUCCAAUUUGCCGAAAAGCAAAAAGACUGUUCGUCUGCACUGGCGCCCUCUGCAGGCCACGGUUCCCACAGCAACAAAAGGGGAAACUGUUUGGAAGCAGCUUGUGCCAGUGAAGUUGGAUGUGGAGAAAUUGGAACAUCUAUUUGAAACUCAGGCGAGCGAGAUAAAACAAAAGGAGAUGAAACAAGACAACACAGGUAAAAAGGAGAUCACUGUGCUGGGCCCCAAGAGGUCUAACGCUAUCAACAUUGGUCUCACCGUACUCCCACCUCCUCGAACAAUAAAGGCAGCCAUCUUGAAAAUGGAUGUUUCCAUUAUCAACAAAGAAGGGAUUGAGAAAAUUUUAACCAUGAUCCCAACAGAAGAUGAAAAAGCCCAGAUCCUGGACGCUCAGAUGGCGAAUCCCGACAUCCCUCUCGGCACGGCGGAGCAGUUUCUCUUAACCCUGUCAUCAGUUAGCGAGCUGAUGGCGAGACUCAAACUGUGGCUCUUCAAGCUCGACUACGAAAACAUGGAGCAGGAGGUGGCCGAGCCACUGAUGGAUCUGAAGAAAGGAAUCGAGAGUUUGCAGAAGAACAAUACUUUCAAAUACAUCCUGUCGGCUAUUCUCGGUAUAGGCAACUUUCUCAAUGGAGCAAAGGCGCGUGCUUUCAGUAUCGACUUUCUGUCUCGCAUACCAGAGGUGAAGGACACAGUUCACAAACACUCACUGCUGUAUCACCUGUGUACCAUGAUUCACGAGCAGUUCCCAGACAGCACAGAUCUCUACUCAGAGAUUGGAACUCUUACUCGCUGCUCAAGGGUUGAUUGGGAUGAACUUAAUGUCAAAUUAAACAAAAUGGAGGAUGACUGCAAGGCAUCAUGGGAUUAUUUACGUGCAAUUAUAAAACAUGACGGAACUUCCUCCGAUUUGAGGGGAAAAAUGUCUUUGUUUCUGUCAGAGUCAGCGGAGAGGAUUAUGUUACUACAGGUCAUACACAGAAGAGUCAUAACCAGAUAUCACAAGAUGUUGUUAUACCUUGGUUUUCCACCGCACAUGGCUAGGGAUCAGAAGAUAAACCAGUUCUGUAAGGUGAUCAGCGAGUUCGCCCUUGAGUACCGCACAACGCGAGACAAGGUCAUACAGCAGCUACAGAAAAAGGCCAAUCAGAGAGAGCGUAAGAAGACGCGCGGGAAAACCAUCAUGGAGACUGAGAAGUUUGCCAAGACGAAGGACGGUCAGAAGGACGACGCGUUACAGAAACUCUUGAAGAAUGGUUACGCUAGUGCUGACGAGCGUGGUCUGCCGGGACAGAGAAACAGAAAACGACUGGAUGCCCGGACGCUUGGUUCGUCGAAAGCAUCUGUGACGACCGACUCGGACAUGUACGAUACGGGUGAUGACGAGAUCCUCGAGGCGUGUGUCCGCACCGCAACCGCCCCAUCCUCGAGAACACCGCGCGAACGCAAGCGGGCGCGCAAUCACAGGAAGUCAUCUUUUUGGGAUAGUGAUUACUAGUGCGGAGAACACUAAAAGGUGGCCUUGACCUUAACGAACUUGAAACAGUGAUUGGUGCAGGUGACCAUGUAUGAUGUCAUCAUAGCCUACGUGUCAUGUCUCCCUGCCUUCGUCUUUCACUCAGGGUACAGUGUCCCACAAUUCUUACAGUCUGGAAGAUUAAAAAUACAAACUGGAUACUGGAAAAGGAUUUUGAAGUUUUCAGGUGCAUCUUUAUUUUUUUAGCUACAAAUGUUAUAAAAAAAUAAAACAAUGAUAACCAGCCAUUUCUGUUUUUUUUUUUUUUUUUUUUCUGUUACAUUGUUCAUAUAAAACUCAUAACAAAUUAUUUUAGCAUAUUCUGUGGACAUUGUCCAUGUUGUCAUAUAUAUACCAUUUGUUCUAAUCAUCCAUUGUGUUGUAGCAUACAUUAAUAAUUCUCAGCUCAUCAGUAACAUGGUCUUAAUACUGUAGUUAGGUUUUAUUUAUCUUUUUCAAGUCUCUAUGUUCCAGUUGACAGCGAUUGAAAUAUAGUCGUCAUGGAAAAAGACAAACGUGUGAUACAGAUAAUACUUUUUUUGUUACUCAUUCUAACAAAUGAAUUUGAAAAAAAAAUUAAAACGAACAAUUUAUGACUCGUAUCAAGUCCUCUUAUGUAGAGUGGAUAAAAGAUUUUACUCUUUGUCAGCUUUUUUGUUUUUUUUGUCUGUGAUAUUCGUCUCUGAAGUUGCUCCUGCAUUAUGUUUUUCUUGCAUUAUAGAAUGUUACCUAUUGUUUAUAUUUUUUGUUAUUUUUGUAGAUUAUGGUAGAUUAUACAAAACCUAUGACAUUUCAUUUUUUUAAAUAUUUUGUUGUUGAAUCUGUUCAUGUAUCAAUGGUUUCUUUGUUCUGAAUCAUGCACCAUGCACAUAUCUCAAGUUCAGAAUACCAAACGGUUGUUUAAAAACAUUCUAUAAAUAAAAAAAAUAUCCAACCGAUUCUAGCAGUAUUGUGGUUAAUAAUGAUGUAGGAGAAUGAUAUUGUAUCACCAUUUUGGUUGUGAUACAUGUUUCACUUUACUGGUGAUAUGAUUUUUAUCACCCCUUUGGUUGUGAUAUUAUGUUUAUCACUUUAAUACUUGUGAUAUUUAUCACCCUUUAGAUGUAAUAUGGUAUCUGUCAUUUAUUGUGAUAUAUUUAUUACCUUCAAGUGGUUAGUUGUGAACAAUUUGUAAAAUAAUACAGUUAUUGUGUUCUCUUUUAGUGAAAUCCACUUCAACCGUUCAUUUUCCUCAAAGAUAUUUUGACAUUUUCCUUGUACUGAUUGAUUGAACACAUUCUAACAUGGUAAACUUUAACGUGUUCGACUUUCUUUAAUAAAAAAAAGGAAGAUAAAUGUUAUCGCCAUAUUGUCUACACUAUUCAAAGUAAACCAGUUAGUCUUUGACAGUUUAACUUUCAUUAUUUUCUUCUUUUAUUUCCUUGCCAUGUUGAUUUGGGCCCUGUUCCACAAAGCUGUUAUAGCGCUAAGAUCAAUAUAAGUGUAUAAGUAGAUAUGCUCCUAAGGUGAUCUUAGUUCUAAGAUCACUUCAUGGAACGUGGCCCUGUUUUGUAAGUAAAAAUACUCAGAUUUGAAUUACAAAUUACUGGCAUGGCAAAUAAAUUAAUGGCAUGAUUCACUGAUAUGAAAUAUGUUCAUGGUGCAUGAUACUUUUAGCUAAAAGUUUGAAGAUGUUUUUAAUACAAAGGACCAAUGUGACAUAUAUUAAAUAGAGGGAAGGGGAUGGGGAAGAGAUGCUGAAAAUAAUUAAUAUAAAUUUUGUAAAUAGGUGAGUGCAAUAUAUAUUUUUAAAAAGAUGAAAAAAAACCCUAAACAACAAUGAUAUUGACGAUGAAUAAUAAAAACUACUCACAAAGUUAAUAUUUAAAAAGUUGAAAAAAGACAAAAGAAAAGAUGUUUCAAAAUGUUGAACAGGGUAAUGAAAAUUUUUAUUUUUUUCUUAUAAAAAUUAAAACAAAAUCUAUUGAAUUUUCUUUUAAUAACAUAACUGAUACAAGCAAAAUUCAUAAAUAAAGAUAAAGAGAAAAACAAUUUGUUUUAAAUAAAAAUUAAAACAAAAUCCAUUGAAUUUUUUUAUUAUAAUAUAGCUGAUACAUUGUACAAGCAAAAUUUAAAGACAGAAACAGAAAAAAAACACCCAUUAAGCAAUACUAGAUGCCAAAAAAUGUAUUUAUUAUAACACAGAAAGACUAAAAAAUAUUCAAAUCACAAAAAAAAAAAAAUAUAUAUUUUUAUAUGAAACUGUUCGCAGGUUUUGUUUAAGGUUUUAUCAUUGUUUGGCCUUGUGAGUGGUUCAGUUAUAUCUGAAAUUAAGGGAUGGGGAGGUGAAUUAUAGUGUACUUUCAAAAAAUUCAAAUUUUGUAUAAUUCGAUACAUGUAUAUUUGAAUACGUCCGACAAUCCGCAUUUCAUACUCUUAGUACUAAUCCUUAUUUGGUACCUCCAUGACACCAACAGUGGCAUGUAAAAAAGUUUAACACAUAAGAUGUCCCAGAAAAGAACAAGACUAACUAGGCCAAAUUUACGAAGCCCGUUUUUGAUUUUUAUAAUUACAUGCAACUUUAUAAUGCUUAAAUCUAAAUGACAGAACUGUUAUCCGCAAUAACGACUGUAUCUCUGCACAAUGGAGAUCCUUUACUGGAAACUACAGCCUUCCUGCACUGCCACAGAGGACUGCCACUUCCUGGCUAGUUUACUAAAUCAAAAGUGGCAUAGAACAGAUCUCACUGGAAUAAAUUUACAAUGUUUAGACACCUACAUUUAAAAAACCCCCCAAAAAACCAACAACACCAGGCUUCAUAAAAUCAUCCCAAUGUCUCAUGCAUUCAUUAUUAUUUUUUUAAUUCUAAACUUUUUUUCCCAAUCGAACCAGACUAUAAAUGUCACCAUUAUUAUAGCGUUUGCUGAUUAUGGUUCACAGAGCCUGGAUAUCCGCAGUCUUUUAGUUUAUAAAUACAGAUUUCACAGACUGUAGGUGGAUGUUUUUAGUUCAGUGUGAGUAUACUUCUGACUGGAAUUUACGUACCAAAGUUUCUGGUUUGUGUACACAGCCAUGUUCAUAACAAUCUAGUCAUCAUAUAGGAAUCAUUUUUAUUACAACUGUUUACAUUUAUAAAAAUCUUCUUGCUCGAACAAAUUAAAAUGACAGAAUUUUCAUACCAAGUUUUCUUGUGUUUUCUACAACUAGAUUAAUAUAAAAUAAACUCUGUUAUGUAGAAUUCUAAAAUUAAUCUGUUUUAAAACGUUCUAUUCAUAUCUUUUUUUAAAUUUAUUGUUUAAAUUUAAUUGUGUUUUUUUAAUAUUUGUGCAAAAAAUGAAUUGCAAGACAGAUAACUAAUUAGUAAUAUAUUACAUAGCUACUUGAAUGUAUUUUUGUAUAGAAUUUUGUUUAUAAUUCUUACAAGUUGUUUAUUUUUAUUAUUUUUAUUUAUGUCCAUGUACGUUUGUAGCUUGGCUUAGCCAUUACAGUGAACAUGAUAGUUUAAAGUCACAAAAGCAUUCAAAAUGCUUUCACUGGUGCUCAUGUUGAAUGCUGCAAUAUUGGCGAGUUUGCUUUAGUAGUCUUGUGACAUGUACAGUACUGUGAUAAAAUAUUUCUUUUACAACCUAUUUUGUUUGGUUUGUGUAUAGUUCUAAUUAGGUAAAACACUAGUGGUAUGAAAUAGGAAUCCAAAACCUAUGACACAAGAUGUAAGGUAUUAGACUUAUAUUAUUAUAGUAUUAUAUUUAUAGGAUAUUAAACAAGCUUCCAUUUCAUAUCAUGUUUAUGUUCCGAGUGAAAUAAUUUUCAGUUGUCACAAGUUUUAGCGAGUGAUAAUGCAAAUUAUUUCACGAGGGACAUAAACAUGAUAUGAAAUGGUAGCGAGUUUUAUAUCCUAUAUAAUACCCAUAAUCAAUCUUAAUUUAUAUCACUCAACUUGUUUGGUUGAUGUUCCUAUACGGUUGUAGUGCGCCAAUCGAUGACAUCAUCAUGAGACAUCCCACUUGGUGUUCUAGUGGGACUAUCACUUGACAUGUAUCAAUAUGGGUAAUAAAGUGUAGUCCAUUAACAAUAGUGUAUUAAAGAGAAUUAGCUGUCAUGGAGAUAUUACCGAUUAACAGAGCCAUGUCAGUACAUGUGUGUUCUUUGUGUUUUUGAACAGCCUAAUGUUUGUAAUAGCUUCAAGUUCAUGUUAUGUACUAAUACAUAUACUAUAUAUAUUUUUUCAUACAAAUGAAAUUAUUGUGAGGUAAAAUUCAUUUUGAGCAAUUAGGAAUAUUAGGACAACCAGAAACACAUUGAAUAUAUAGAUACUGAAUAAAAUUCUAAACAAAUAUUUUAUAUGUAAUUUUAGUCAUUUAGAAAGGUCUUUUAAUUGGAAACAUGUUACAAUGACAGCAAACUCAGGAUAGUCUCUGUUAACAAGCAUCCAUUUGAUAAAUAUCAAGUUUAUGUCCCAAGUGAGAUAAAUUUUGUAUGUCACAAGUUUUCUAUUACCAAUCAUUUUGAAUGUAUGUACUAAGAUUUAACUUAAGGACAAUCAAGGAAACACUUUCAUUUUAGCUUGAAAAACUAUACACAAGUCAAAUGACAGAAGUGGAGAUUUAUAUUUUGUUGAAACUGUACAUGUCAAUAAGGCUUUAAUAAAUUAAUACUAGAUUUUCAUUCCUGCCUGUUCUGAAGGAUAAAACGGCCUGCACCUAAUUUAUUUUUAUAUUGGGAAAAAAAUAACAAAUGUUUUGCUCGUCAUGUGGUAUUUCCAAUAUCCUGGGGGGAAAAAUGAGAUUAAAAAUAAAAUUUCACUCCUGCCAGUUUUUGAAAGCAAUUUGGAUGAAAAUAUAGCAUUUAUUUCAUUAUGGCCUAAAUAAUUUGUUGUUAAAUGUUUGUUCUCACAUUUCAGCUUUUGGUAAUAAUACAUGUAUGUAUUGUGAAAAUUUAUUUGUCAGGAGAAAAUAGUCAUAGGAAAAGAAAUUAUUAUUUUCAAUUAAGUAAUCUCUUGCAGCAUUUGACCGCUACAAAAUUGUUUAAAAAAAAAAAAAAAAAAAAAAAUUAAUAUUGAAGCUGAAAUGAAGAGCUUUGGCCCUUUUGAUCACUGUGGAUAGAACUGGCAAGAUAAUUGUAGCUACAAAUUGUUAAUAAAAGUUGCAGUGUGAGAACAUGCCUUAAAGAAACAUCUUUGUAUAGUUAAUAUAUUUCCACCAGAGCAAACAAAUAUGUGUGGAAUACUGCUGCAGAAGUGCCUGUGAUUGGUCAGUUAUUAGUGAUAUGAUUGGCCAGUUAUUAGUCAUGUGAUUGGCCAGUUAAUUAAAUGACAAGUGAUUGGUUGCUUAUUAAUUUAUUUUGUUGUCAAUUUAUUGGUUGUAAUAUUUAAUUGUUAACAUAAUUAUUUUGUUAGCACCAUCUUUGCUUAUUCAGUCUGACUUUAUAUUACAGUAUUGCACUAAGGAAUAUUAAUUUGUACACUAUAAUAAAGAAACUAAAUUUAAAAAAAUUAUUAAUUGACAUUAAUUUCUCACUGAAUUUAUGUGCCUUACACAAAGUAUGUGCCUAAAUGAAUUUGUGUUACAAUGACAAAACAGUGGGUCAUUCCUCAGCAUUUAAUUUUUUCAUUUUCAAGUUAACUAUAUUUAGAUUCCUUUUAGAGGCAUUAAAUUAAAUUUAUAUGAUUAAAUUUAUGACAAUUCAUUAACAUAUUUUGAAGCUUUAAAACAAUCUAGCAAUAAUAAGUUAAAUGUAUAUUUGGUGGUUUACACAUAAGGUUUUUGUCUCCCAACAACAGAAACUGUAAACCGAGUCUGGCCAAGAAUACAACUACAUGUACAUGUGUAGAUGUCCUUGACCUUCAACCACAAGACCUAGUCCUGUUGGCUCGUCACUUGAUCUCAUUAAUAACUAAUAUUAAUCCGAGUUUGUAAAAGUAGUUUUGUUUGUCCUGUUAAUCAUAUAUAUACACAUGUAUGUGUCUUUGUUCAGAAACUGACUGAAUCAGUAAGAGGUUAUCAGACCAAAAAAAGAAAAACCAGAAGAAAAAAAAACCCAAACAAACACUGGCAGAGUUAUCUUUCUUGACACUAAUAUACCUGUCACAUAUUUAAACGAAAACUUUAAAACUUAAACUACAUGACUGUAUUAGACUACUGACAAAUUUUCCAGUUCUGUAAUCCAUUUUAUCUCGAUUAGGUUCUAUUAAAAUAUUUUUAAUAAUUUCAUUUAAAAUGAGAUCUGAUAACCCCUCAUUUAUUCAUUAUCUGUGUUAGAAUAAAUAUAUAUUUGUUUCAUACUACGCCAGUAUGAUAUAUAAUAUAUGUAUGCAGAGGAAAGUAUUACUUGAUGACCGAGAUUACUGUUUAUAAGAAUGAACCCCUUAAGAUUCAGUUACAAAAUUGUUAGUCUUCUUUGUGUAGGCUAUUUCUUAUUUCAGUUAAAGUUACUAUAAACAAAAUGCUAUGACCAAAGUAUUACUUUGCAUUAUUUCAUUCAGUUAUUGCCCCAUUUGACAACUACCGGUACUAGUAAAUUACAUCCACUUUAAUUCACACACCAUAUUUUAGACAGGGUAUCACACAUCAGACCUUGGUUUAAUAAUGUUUUUUUUCUUAAUGAUAAACCAGUUUGAUUUAGAAUGCUGAAUCAGUUUGAUUUGGAAUUUUUAAUCAGCUUGGUUUAAAAUGUUCAAUCAAUUUGUUUUCGGCUAUUGAAUCAGUUAUUUCAGAUAGCUGAAUCAGUUUUGAAUCAGUGUCAUUUAGAAUGUUGAAUUGGUUUGAUUUCAAAUGUAGAAUCAGUUCGACUGAAAAUGUGGAAUCUGUUUGAUUUAGAAUUUUUGAAUCAGUUUGUUUGAUUUAGUGUUGAAUCAGUUUGAUUUAGAAAUAUUCAAUCAACUGAAUUUAGAAUCCGAUAGCUUGACACUACACUCAAAAACACAUUUUUGUUUUGGAAAGAAACUCGCUGAAUUAUUGACUAAUUACUGGUUUAAUAUUCAUUUAUAACAAAUAGUACUAAUUCAAUUACGGGGCAUUCUUUAUGACAUCAUAGCUUUCAUGAGGAAGUGUUUGUUUGGUUUUCUCAUUCAUGUAUCAGCUGGUUUAUAGAUGUGUGUGAUUUAUUUAUUAUAUACAUCAAAACAACAAUUCGUCUCACAGACAAAACGUCAUUGUAAAUUAACAUAGCAUCUCAGUGUACAUUGUUGCCAUAUUUUGGUAUACAAACUUAAAACCAGAUUUAUAGAUUGAAUAAAACUUUUCAAACAAA